AUGUGCAGAGCCGGCACCGCGGACCGACGACUAGAACCUUGGGGUGACCCAAAAGGGUUCGCAGAAGACAAAGACAUGGACUCGCUGGUCUAUGAACCGGCAAAGAUGUGGGCACAGCUGCAAUCCGCAGGGACACCUCCACGAUACAGCAAUCAGAGCACAUGGAAUGACCUGAAAGGGUCCGGAAAAGUGAAUAGCAUGGACUCCCUAGUCGACGAUGCAGCAGUGAAUUACGAUGAACAAUGA